GCCAAUCGUGCAAGGUGGUAACUUUGCGUACCUCAUCCCGACCGUGGCGCUACUGUCGGCCAACUUCGCGUCUUGCGAGAGCCAGAGGGCUGCCAACCUGACGGCAGCGCAGCAGCAGGAGGAGUGGCAGGCUAGGAUGAGGGCUAUACAAGGCAACAUUGCAGUGUCUUCCGUUUUCCAGAUCAUUCUUGGUUUUACAGGUGUGAUUGGUGUAAUGCUUAAGUGGAUCACUCCUCUUACCAUCAUUCCUACAGUCUCCCUUGUCGGUCUCUCUCUCUUCGAUCUGGCGGCUGACCGAUCCUCUCAACACUGGAGCGUGUCCAUGUCGACCACUGUGUUGAUGGUGUUACUCUCUCAGUAUAUGAAGGAUGUGAGCCUGAGUCUGCCUACCGGCUACCGCAGAGGUUACGGUUUUAUCUACUCUGAAGUUCAGGUUUUCAAGAUGUUCUCGAUAAUAGUGGCGUUGUUGACGUCUUGGCUGGUGUGUUGGGUAUUGACUGUCACUGACACGUUUCCUCCGGGCUGCCCUUCUCGCACUGACCGCUCCACCCUCAUCAGCAAUACUCCCUGGUUCAGGAUACCAUACCCAGGACAGUGGGGGAUGCCGACAGUGACUGUGGCUGGGGUGUUGGGGAUGAUGGUGGCGGGUCUGGCCUCCAUCAUAGAGAGUGUUGGAGACUACUACGCCACCGCCAGGAUCUGUGGUACGCCAGCACCCCCGGUACAUGCUAUCAACCGUGGUGUGGGCAUCGAGGGCGUGGGUGUGACGGUGGCAGGGCUCUGGGGCAGCGGCAGUGGCACUAACUCCUACUCAGAGAACCUGGCUGCCAUCACCGUCACCAGAGUGGGAAGUCGUCGAGUGAUUCAGAUGAGUGCCAUGGUGAUGCUGGUGGCUGGGUCUGUAUGCAAGUUCGGAGCUCUGUGUGCCAGCAUCCCCGAGCCCAUCGUGGCUAGCCUCUACUGGAUCAUGUUCUCUCUUAUCACUUCUGUCGGCUUGUCCACUCUUCAGUUCGUCGAUUUGAACUCCAGCCGGAACCUCUUCGUCUUGGGAUUCACUCUGUUCUUCAGUCUCUCUGUCUCCAAGUACGUGAAGGCCAACCCUGAGAGCCUCAAGACAGGGCUGCCGCUACUGGACCAGACGCUGUUAGUGCUGUUGCAAACCACCAUUUUCCUGGGCUGUGUGUUAGGCUGCUUCCUCGACAACACUAUACCGGGAACGAAGGAGGAACGAGGACUGGUCAGCUGGCGUGCCCAGCAAGGGGACAGCAAGUCAUGCCCUGGCUAUGACCUGCCCUAUGGCAUGGAUGCUAUCAGAAGGUAGGUGUAUGGGUUGGUU